AUGGCACGACAUCAACAAGAUCAAGCUACUAUGUUCAGAGAUUUAUUGAGGGCAGUGCAAGACUUGGGCAGGCAACAGGCUCAGGCGGCACCUAGUAAUGCAACAGGAGGUGCUAACACCAUGAGCUUGAUCGUUGAGCAGUUUCAUCGUUUUAAACCCCCGUCCUUUGAUGGUAAAGGUGACCCUUUCGCAGCUGAGGAGUGGCUGAGAAAACUUGAAGGGAUCUUCGAGCACAUGAACUGUAGUGACGCUCAAAAGGUUUCAUGUGCAAAGUUCAUAUUGACUAACGAUGCUGGAAAUUGGUGGGAUACCGAAACACGUAGUAAAACUGUAGAACAACUAUGUAAUCUCACUUGGGGUCAAUUCAAGGAGUCGUUGAUGGGUAAAUAUUUUCCCCAGCCAUUGAGGGAUCAAAAGGAAGUAGAAUUUCUCCAACUCACGCAAGGAAAUUUGCCACUUGGGAAGUAUGAAAGAAAAUUUGAACAGCUUUCUAGAUAUACUCCACACAUGGUAAACACUGAGCUGACGAAGGCUAAAAGGUUUGAAAUGGGGUUAAAGCCAGAGAUUAAGGGAAUCAUGGCAGCCCAGCAACAUACUACUUAUGCGGAAGCUGUAUGUCGAGCACAAGCAAUUUCUAAUGGUUUAGGAUUGGAAAAGAAACCUCAACCCAACACCGAGACUUCUGUAAAGAGAAAGUGGCAAGGUCACGACAAAGACAGAAUCAGAAUCAGAAAAGAAUGUCCAGAGAAGAAGAAAGAAGGUGACCAUCUUAAGAAGGGAAAGGCCAGAGUAUUUGCUUUGAUGGGAGAAAAUGAGGAUCAGAACACAGACGUAAUAACAGGUAUGUUACUAGUAUUCAACAUAGCUGCUAUUGUUCUUAUGGAUUCUGGAUCGACUCAUUCAUUUAUUUCUACAAUUUUUAUGGAUAAGACUGGAAGUAAAUGCGUAGAAACAAAUAACAUUCUAGAAAUUAGUACACCCUCGGGCGAAGUCAUUAAUACUGAUCAAAUGAUUAAAGGUGUUAAGUUAGAGAUUGAAGGAAAAGUACUAGAGGCAGAUUUGUACAUCUUGGGAAUGAAAGACUUUGAUGUAAUUUUGGGUAUGGACUGGUUGGGUAGAAACUAUGCAACUAUCGUAUGCCAUAAGAAUGAAGUCUUAUUUCAAAAACCUGGAGAAGAAAAAUUUCGAUUCCUUGGAGCAAGAAUUAGGACUCUACCCCGAUUGAUAUCUGCAAUGAAACCAGAAAAGAUGUUGAGGAAGAAUACUUUUCGAGGAUUUUUAUUGAAUAUGAAUAGUAAACCCCAGUCCGAAAGGAAAAUAGAAGAUGUACCUGUAGUAAAUGAGUUCGUGGAUGUUUUUCCUGAAGAUCUACCUGGUAUACCGCCUGAUAGGCAAGUAAAAUUCACAAUUGACUUGACCCCUGGGACAACACCAAUAUCUAAGGCUCCUUAUAGAAUGGCACCAAAAGAAUUACAAGAGUUGAAGGCACAACUACUAGAAUUAUUGGAUAAGGGUUUCAUCCGACCUAGUGCCCAUGGGAAGCGCCGGUAUUGUUUGUUAAAAAGAAAGAUGGUUCAAUGA